CAGAAUUUUAUUGUUAACAACCAUUUGAUCAAUAAAUAUUAGAGAUGCCCUCUCAAAAAAAAAAAAAAAGAGAACUCUCAACUUCAAAGCAUUUCCAGGAAUAUGACUCAGAGAUGUCACCACUUAAUCAAACCUUAGCCUCUUGCUCCCUGGGGCAUGUUUAAUCUCCCUCCACCCCUCCUAGACCCUCUUCUACACAGAAUUCAUCCCCUUCUCCAGGCCUCUCCACUUCCUUUCUACCUACCCUUCACAUAUGUAAACUCUGUUGUGCUACAAUGAACAUAAAUUUAAUGCGGGCUUGGUGAGUAGGGGAAUUAUGUCAAUAUUAUAAUCUCAACUUAUCAUUAGUCAUAUCUGAUUAUUACCAGCAUGUCAACAGUAUGUACCCCCAGAAAGAGCAGCUGACCACAUAACUCCGUAGCAAGCCACAGAGUACAGUGCUAUAAGUGACACCCUUUGUCUUAGCUUGGGUUAACUACAUGCAGAAGAAACAAGCCCCAGACCCUGAACCAGAGCCAUUCCUCAAGGACAUGUCCAUAAUACCUGUCAACUGGCAGCUGCCUCUUCACCUGUAGCUUCUGAUAAGAGCAGGAUAAAGCUUCUAUAGACCAACAUCAGCCAGCAGGGAAAAGUUUAGUUGAGACCUACUAAAUCAGAAUCUCUUUUUAAAAUGAGACCCUCAGUGAAGCAUAUGCUCACUUAAGUUAGAGAAGUGCUGCUUUGGGAGGGAUCUGCACUAGGAGGGGAUAUAAUAGCACUAAUUAUCUGAUGUGUUUACCUGUGGAAACUGUCCUUAGAGGCUGUUAGAGGAGUGGUAAAAUUGUGUGAUGGGAAUACAGAAAAUAGACAAAGGAAAUAAGGGGAGCCAUUAACUCUCUUCCGCAUUCCUGAAAAACACAGUAAGUUGUAGAGGAAAGUAAGUGUAGUCAUAUAUGGUACUUGGCUCCAUAAAAUUGUAGGUACAUAACUAUAGCAUUGGAAACAUUGAAAAAAAUUGAUACAUUUCUAUUGGUGAUAUAAAAGAACUGUAUCAGGGUUCUCCAGAGAAAGAUAACCAAUAGGAUAUAUAUAGACACACAGGAGAUUUAUUAUGAGAGAUUGGCUCAUGGAAUUAUGGAGGCAGAGAAGUCCUCUGUAAGCUGGCAGCCCAGGAAAGCUGGUAGUGUAGUUCCAAUCCAAACUCAGAGGCCCAAGAACCAGGGAAACUGAGCAGUAAGUCCUGCACAGAGUCCAAAUGCCAGAGAAGCAAGAGCACUGAUGUUUCUGGGGGUAGGAGAAGAUAGGUGUCCCAGUUCAAGCAGAGAGCAAAUCUGCCCUUCUUCUGCUGCCUUUUUGUUCUAUUCAGGCCCUCAGUGGAUUGGAUAAUGCCCACCUACAUUGGUGAGGGCAAUCUGCUUUAUUCAGUCUCCCAAUUCAAGUACUAAAUCCCAUCCAGAAACAUCAUAACAGACACAUCCAGAAAUAAUAUUUUGUAAGCUGUCUGGGCAUUCCUGAGCCCAGAUAAGUUGACAUGUAAACUUAACUAUCACAAGAAUUAAAUCAUCAUUGAUUUAAUUGAUAGGGCAUUGAAAAGUAAUAUCUAAAAUAGAUAAAUCAAGAAAUAGCAACAUAAAUAUGUAAUUAUCUUGAGAAAUAUCUAUAUAAAUACCAGAUAAAAUAACCAAGCAUUUGAAGAGGCUGUUUUCUGGGGAAUGAGAAGGGAUAAGGCAGUGGGACUAAUGCUUUUCUGAAAGGCUCUUUUAUUUGGAUGUUUAAAACCUCUUUGGAUUGCUUUGAAAGAAUAAACACUAAGUUUAAAAAGAAAAGGAGCAAAUAGUUCCCUUAGUAAAAUGUUGAUUGAAAGUCAAGUAAAAUGAGUUUGAGAGUAAUCACUAGAUUUGACUAGUCUACAAUCCUUGAAGAUUGUAGAACAGAGUGUGGUGAAAGGGAGGAGGGGGAAGCCCUGACGCUUUGCCAUUAGAUUUACUCUCAUGUGCAGCACAUUACAUUCCUCAGCUCAAAUGAUCUUCAUGUCUGAGAAGAUACUUUAUGUUCCUAUUCUCCAGUGAGCCUGAGAACAAGCAGGGACUCCUUCAUAGCAUCCCACAUCACAAAGGCAUCAUCUCAUAAAAAAUGGAAGCCAUGAGAGGCAGGGGCAUCUAGAGUCUCUGUUCCUUGACUGAGCCUUGAAAAACUCAGAAAUCCUGCCUUGGGUUGCUCAAGACUGUUGGUUUCUGUUGCAAUGACUCAAAUGUUACUGAAUCAAAACUGUGGCUGCCACACAACAGCUUGAGAUUUACAUACCAUUUGCUUUCUGUUUCCCCUGCCCCUUUCUUUUCAGUCUAGCUCCUUUGGGUGCAGGCUCUUUAAAAAAAAAUGUUUUCCUGUGAGAUUUUUUGACAAUGUGGGCAGAGGACAGAAGUCUAUUCAGAGAGGGUUGAAGGGAGGAAAUCAAUUAUUUACAGGCAAUAUUUUUUAAAGUCAGACACAAAGGGGAGUUGAGAAUGAGGCAGGAGCAUUUCAAAUUAGGAAGGCCAAGAACUGGUUGGCUUGAUUUCAACUACAGAUUCUAUUUUGGCCUAUAUGCUGAUAAGAGAUCAGAGAGUAUGAACUCAAAGAUCUCAGUUUAGGAGAGGAAAAUAGACUCGCAAACAAAAGACAAAAAUAAACACAUCUGCUUCUUAAAAUAAGAGUCAGGUCAGGUGUGUGCCAGAAGAGAGGGACCAGGAAGUUUUACAUGUCACAGAAUAUACCUAGCCCACAUCCUGGAGAGUCAACUUCACUUGGAGAGGGCAGAGGCUAUCCAGAAUCAUAUUUAAACACAUUUCAUGUAAAUGAAGUGAAAGGUUUGAAUUUAGUUUAAAUUUAUAGAUAAGACCUAAGACUUCAAAAGUGUUUCUCACCUGAGUUGGCAGUGCGGGGAAGCUCCUUCCUAAAGUCCCUCUGUUAAAGGUACUUGACAUCCAUUCACAGUGAGGUACCAUAAGUGAACAAAAGAGAGGCUCUCCAAUGAAGCUGUAUCUGCUUGCUUCCAGAAGAGGUUGCCCUUAAAUAAGUUUUUGAGGCAAAAACAUGUGUUUGUCAUGCAGAUACCAAGAAGCAGAAUUCUCUAGGAAGAGGGGAGACAAGCAUUAGUCUCUGGAGGUCUAAAAGGCUAUUGUAGGUUGAAGCAUCUACAUCUCCUUCUAAAUAAUACAGUUGACAUUUUUGAUUUCUAAAAAGUUCAUCCAUAUUGGUAAAAGAAGCAUCAGAAUUUGGCUAGGAAAAAAAUGGGCAAUUGGCCUGAACAGCUCACCUCCACACUAUAGUAAAUGGUUACUAUGAAAAGUGAUCAGAUUCACUAUCAUAUAAAUGCAUAGUAAAAUAAUAAUUUGAUCAUUUUCACCCAUCCUAUUAUUGAUGAUGAGAAAUAAGAGCCCUUAAUGCUGGCUGGAAUUAGGUGAGAAGGACAUUUCCACUGAUGUUGUGACAGGUUAACAUUUCAGGAAGGACCUUUGGCAAUUUCUCAAACACUGCGACCUGAUGACUAUGUUUCUGGGAAUUUACCAGACAGUUUAUCAGGAAGUUAUCAAAGAUGUAGACAAAGACUCAUGUAUAAAGUAUAUUAUUUGUACUAGGUAAAAAAACAAAAACAAACCCAUGAUGUCCUACAGUCUUGAGAAUUACAGGAAUCUACAAUAUGUUGUUAUGUAGCUAUUAACAAUGUUUCAAAUUAUGCAAAAGCCCCAUCAAUUUUGCCAAAAUGUGAAUAGAAGUCAUCACUAGUUGGUGACAUUAAUGGGUGAUUCUUACUUAAAAAUUUUCUUUUAGUAUUUUUUAUUUUUUCAUAACAAUAAGAGAUUUAACCCAAAAUAAGAACUUGCAGUCUUCAUGAAUUGCUUUCAGGGAUGUAACUUUGACAGGAAGGCAACUUUGGGGCCCUGAAAACUAAAUCAAACACAUGCAUUCCCAGCCCACCUUUAAUUCUUCAAUCCACAUAAAUAACAGAAUAGCAAUUUACUCUCUUCUAAGUCCCUACUAUAUGUUAAGCACUUUACAUGCUUAAUCUCAUUUAAUCCUCCCAAUACCUCUCCAAAGAAGGUAUUAUUAACAAUAUUCCCAUUUGAGAAAUAAAAGAACUGAGGCUUUAGAAAUAAAAGAACUGAAAUAAAAGAGGUCAACUUAGUGGUCCAAGGCAUUACAUCUCAUUUUAGUGUUGUCUUGACGUGCUUCCUUUUUCACUCUAUCUCCUUAUAGUUAGUCCAGCUCAUCAAUGUAUAUCCUGAUCUCUGAGCUGAAGACCACAAAUCCCCAGACAACUUCCCCUCUCUGGAAAGCUUUUUUUCCAAAGUAAAUGCAGUAGGGACCUGGGGGCAGGCUUUCCUGAGAGCACUUCCCUCUUCCUUCUCCAGCUGUCCUGUAACUUUUGCCCCUAGGGCCUUAACCAGCUCUCACUUGGUAGCACAGGCUGGUUAGUGCCUCUUCCUCCAGGACCCCAGGUCAGUGUCUGAGUACUUUCCUACCCCUGAGAGAGUGAGCAGCAAGAGGGCAUUUUUCUUCCCUCUGGCUUCUUCCCCUCUAAGUCCUAGGCCAACUCUGCAAGCCCUAUAGCUCUCUUCAGCUCACCUUUCUUAUCCCAUCUCCUCUCAAUUUGUCCUCUUUUCUCCUACAGUUUGUUCCCCUCUGUCUCCAUUGCUUUAUCUGUAUUAUCAUCGCCAAAAACAAAUACCAAAUUAUUGUAUUUCAAAGAAGUGUUUUUUUAGGGUAGUGGUUCCAAGAUUUGUUCAUUUAUAUUGUUCAUUUAUAUGCAACCCAUCCCAAGUCUUGCUGGGUGGGGUUAGGGCCCAUUUUGUUGUUUUGCACAUGCUUGACCAAACCUACGGUUGUGGGUGUGCUGGCGUUGAUGGCAGCACAGACUGAGUCUGCCCUGGAGAUGAGGUGAGGAGCAGGCGCCAGGUGCAAAGGACCGGUGCAUUCCAAGAUGGAAAGAACUGUUUGGAGGCUGGGAAGAGCAGUGUCUAGAGAAGCCAUGGUUCUCAGCCAUUCAUCUCCUAGGCGGAAGUUCCUGACACACUGGAGUACACCAGUGUCUUGCUGCUGCUUGAAAGGUUGGAAAUGGAGGUUUUUCCAAACUCCUGCCUCCCCAGGUAUCUGAUCCUCCUCAUUCUUCUCCAGCUGCCCACACUGGAUUCAGGUAGGUUUUCCCUCUGUCUCUGUCUCUGUCUCUCUGGCCUGCAUGGUUGAAAUUUCUCAGUAAAUCAACAAUCCCAAGUGGUCCUCCCUAGUGACCUCCACUAGGGUCCCAUGGACUCCCCGGGCUGGUGCAGGAACAAAAGAAAGAGGGCUCUCCACGUCCUCUUUGACUCAGCUGUUUUUUUGGCAGCUCACUUUGACGUGAUCGGACCCCCGGAGCCCAUCCUGGCUGUUGUGGGUGACGAUGCCGAGCUGCCCUGUCACCUCUCUCCCAACGUGAGUGCGGAGCGCAUGGAGCUGCGGUGGUUCCGGAAGAAGGAAUCGCCCGCCGUGCUGGUACACAGGAACGGCCGGGAGCAGGACGGAGAGCAGCUGGCUGAGUACCGAGGGAGAGCAACGCUGGUGGCGGACCAUAUAGCAGAGGGGCGCGUCGCUGUAAGGAUACACGGAGUCAAAGCCUCUGAUGAUGGGGAGUACCGAUGCUUUUUCAGGCAGGACGAAAACUACGAAGAGGCCAUAGUGCAUUUAAAGGUGACUGCUUUAGGCUCUGAUCCUCAUAUCCAUAUGGAAGUAAAAGAGAGUGGAGAGAUUUGGCUGGAGUGUACCUCUGUGGGAUGGUACCCAGAGCCCCAGGUGCAGUGGAAAACUCCAGGAGAGAAGUUUCCAUCCACAUCAGAGUCUAGGAAUCCGGAUGUAGAAGGCCUGUUCACUGUGGCAGCUUCUGUGAUUAUCAGGGAUACCUCCACAAGGAAUGUGUCCUGCUGUAUCCAGAACAUCCUUCUUGGCCAAGAGAAAGAAGUAGAUAUUUCCAUACCAGCUCCCUUCUUCCUAAAGCUGACUCCCUGGAUGGUAACUGUGGCUGUCAUCCUGAUGGUCCUAGGACUUCUCACAAUUGGGUCCAUAUUUUUCACUUGGAGACUAUAUAAGGAAAGAUCCAGACAGAGGAAGGAUGAAUUCAACUCUAAAGAGAAACUCCUGGAAGAGUUCAAAUGGAAAAAGGCUGCAUUGCAUGCAGUUAAUGUGACUCUGGAUCCAGACACUGCCCAUCCCCACCUCUUUCUGUAUGAGGAUUCAAAAUCUGUCCGACUGGAAGAUUCACGUCAGAAACUGCCUGAGAAACAAGAGAGAUUUGACUCCUGGCCUUGUGUGUUGGGUUGUGAGGCCUUCACCUCAGGGAGGCAUUACUGGGAGGUGGAGGUGGGAGACAGGACUGACUGGGCAGUCGGAGUGUGUAGGGAGAAUGUGAUGAAGAAAGGAUUUGACCCCAUGACCCCUGAGAAUGGGUUCUGGGCUGUGGAGUUGUAUGGAAAUGGGUACUGGGCCCUCACUCCACAACGGACCCCUCUCCCAUUGGCAGGCUGCCCCCGCCGGGUUGGGAUUUUCCUGGACUAUGAGUCAGGAGACAUCUCCUUCUACAACAUGACUGAUGGAUCCCAUAUUUAUACUUUCCCUAACAACUCUUUCUCUGGUCCCCUCCGGCCCUUCUUCUGCCUGUGGUCCUGUGGUAAAAAGCCCCUGACCAUCUGCCCAAUCACUGAUGGGCCUGAGGGAGUCAUAAUAGUUGCUAAUACCAAGGACCUUUCUAAGGAGAUCCCACCAUCCCCCAUGGGGGAGGACGACUCUGCCUCCGGGGACACAGAUACCCUCCAUUCUAAACUAAUCCCUAUCCAGCCCACCCAAGGGGCUCCUUAGAGAAUAUCCCAGCUCUACUGUUUUCCUUUUCCCUAACCCUUCCCUUCCAUCCCCCUGUGAAGCUCCAGCUGCCAGCUUCACCCAGCCUAUUUCUCCCUGUUGGGUGGGAUUAAUCAGUCUUGGAAAGGUUGUGUUGCUGUCGCUAGAGAGUGUGGGACAUAGGACCUUCCUGACAUGUUUCUACAGUGAUACUUGGGAGCAAGGAGGAACUCUUAACUGCUUCUAAUGUUCUCCUGUCCCUUGAGGCCAAAUCCUGUAGGGAGGGACUUGAAGCAAACUCAAAGGACAGCUCAAGGAUCAAGAUGAGGCUAGGUUGGCAUGGGGUGUGAUAGAAACAUCUUGUUUUCCAGAAUAGGGGUAGGUAAAGGAACAGGUUUUAGGCAAGCAGAAAACACAAAGCAUACUUGGAAAUGAAGAUCCAAGGCUUAAAUCCCAUAAAGGAACUUGAAGGGGACACUAUGUUGGAGGAAAGUGAGGUGAGCCCAGGCCAGUGAUGAACACCCCGGCUUUUCCCUAGAGUUUCAGGGCCUGUAUCUCACAUUUUCUAAGUCAUGUCCUAUAGGGUAGAGGCAACUUGCCCUACUUCUAUGGGAUCUGAGCAAUUGACGAGGGGGAGUAGAGAAGAGAUGAAAGGAAUAGGGCAUAGGGGUCAGACAGAAGAUGUGAUAGAGGAGAGAAUUCUAGACAAAACUUGGGAUGUAUUAAAGCCGUGCCUUUGGCCCUGUUUCCCUCUCUGCACCCUCUUUUUUCUCCCUUGCCUGGAGGUCAUUCCACCUUACAGACUCCACAAGUUCCAGUUCUUUUCUUCCUUAUGAUCCAGAAUGUCUCUGUUUCAGAGGCAUUUUCAGGCAUCAUGCUUCAGUGAUAUCACAUUAUCAGCCACUAUCUCAGCCUCAUGCCCCCUCAUCCUUCAUCCCAACACUAGGUUUAAACCCCUUAAAUACACUUCCAAUUAGCUUCAACUGCCAUCCAUUUCUACACCAUGCCACUAUUCACUCUCUCCCUACACAGCUUUUCUACAUGCUCUUUCUCCUCAGGGUCCCUUGAAUGUUGUGUCAUCCCACUCAGCACAGCUAGAUUGAUUUCACCUGUUUGUAUUAAUAUUUUCUGUAUACCCUUGGCUCAUCCUGCAAAUUUAUCAAAGCUAACACCUUCCAUUCCAUUGUAUGUUUCCAAUUUCCAAGAUAGAUAUCUCCCAUGGUCUUAAUCCAAUAAAUAAGUGAGUCUGGUU